CCCGAAUCCGACGAUAACAACAAGUUACGAGGACGGACCGCCCGUCGCUCGCCCGUCGCCCAACUUCCAGAGUCCCGGACCAGACGCGGGACGCCAUGAACCGCGUACUGCAUCGGCCGGCUCGUCGACUUCUCGGCGCGUGACUCAUGCGUCGUCGCCGCGGUAUGAGUCACGGACAGACGGCGGAAAAAAUGUCGAUUCGUCCGAUUUUUCGCAACUCCAACGGAGACCUAGAUAAUUUGUCGCCAAAAACUGUAAACAAUCGUACUAAACAUAAUAUCAUGGACGACGUGCAGCAUAUGGUUGGACGUGGUUUUUCGUUAAGUCUGUACGUUGUGCCGGACACGAAUAAUACGAUCAAGACGACAUAUCUUCUAUGAAGAAUAAUAUAGUUGUUACCUUUAAACGCUCAAAAUGUUACAGCUUCAUCAAAACGGUUCGGUAAAUAAUGGUUACACUAACUGUAUUGCUAGAGCCAUGUAUGAUAAUAUUGCUGAAGCUCCUGAUGAAUUAGCAUUUAGAAAAGAUGACAUAUUAACAGUAUUAGAACAAAAUACAGCUGGUCUUGAAGGAUGGUGGUUAUGUUCAUUAAGAGGCCGUCAAGGGAUAUGUCCUGGAAAUCGCCUUAGACUAAUACCAGGUGUGUAUGAAGUGACGGAACCUCAAACUAUAUCAUCAACUUGUAUCCAAGAUCAAAAUCAUUUCAAUCACGAAAGCAAGCAUCAAAGCUGGCACUCAAACCUAAAUACUGUGACGUCACAAAAGAAACUGGGUGACCUCCUUACAUAUGAUACUCCUCAAAAAACUGUUGAUACUAAUGGCUAUAAUAUUCCACCUACCAAUCAUGCAUUAGAUCGGCUAACAAAUGAUUUUACAAAACGACCACUCAGUAUUGGAAGCAGCAGUGGCUGCUGUAGUGAUAGCUAUGAUCCUCUCCCAAACCAACAUCCCCUUGUUUCAAAAGAAAGCUAUGAUGUACCAAGACCGCUGAAUAGACAAGUCACUCCAAGUAGUUCAAUCAGCUCAUUAUCAACUGGUGGUAUUUGUAGUAGCACAAGCGGAAGUGAAUCUAAUCGGUCCAGUAGUAUUGGACUGGAUUAUGAUGUUCCUAGAAAUCGAACAUUAGCUUCUUUGCCAUCCGAAUUUCAGAAUUUAACUAUAAGUAGUCAGGAUUAUGAUGUUCCAUCAAAUAGUUUACAACCUAAAGAAUUAUCUAUGGACUUGAACAGUGCUUUGGAAUGCUUAGACAAAUUAACAUCAGAAGUCUCUUCUAAUACUACUCAGCUUUUAAAUUAUGCUGGACCAAAUUGGAGGAGUCAAAAAAAUUUGGAAGCUAAUCUACUUGAUAUCAAAAUUGUAUCUUUGCGGCUAAAAAAUAGUUUACAUAAAUUUAUUGCAUUUUCAGAAGGAUGUCUAGGAAAUGCAGUUAAUGCUCGUGAUAAAGGGAUCUCAACUAAACUUCAUCCAUUAGUAUUUGAUUUAAUGAAAACUGAUAAAAUGAUAAGUUUUUCCACCAAUACUUUGGAUUGCCUUGAUUGGAAACCACACAUAUUAUACAGAGAUUCAAACAAUGAAUGUGAAUACUCUGAAGACGCCUUGGAUAAGCUAAUUUCAUGUGCCAAAUUAUUGACUGAUGACAUACGUCAGAUCACAUCAUUUAUUAAGGGUAAUUCAACGUUAUUGUUUAAAAAAAAUUUAAUUUGUGCUGAAGAUGAAGAAGAUGAUGAUUAUGAAUACAUAGGUGAUGAAAGUGGCAAAAAUAGAAAUACAACUAGUGCUUCCAUUAAAAAUGACAGUCCUCCUGGACUUUCUACUAAUGAUAAAAAAAUAUUUAAUUUCUACAGUCACCAAAUUGGCAGUCAAUCUGAUUUGUUAACUAGUCACAUUAACACGUUUUUACAAAUAGUUGAAGAGAACCGCCCACCACCAGUAUUUGUUAUGAAAGUCAAGUACAUAAUAUUAAUUGCACAUCAAUUGGUUGUUGUUGGUGAUACAAUAUGUCGAAACGUACAAGAGUCAACUGUGAAGAAUCAUGUGGAACAGUGUUCAAAAGCUUUAUCUAUCUUGAAGCAUUAUUCACUAAGUCAGAAAUUAAAAAAAAGAAAUGUAUCAAAUACAGCUAAUAUCACGUUGUCAUACUUAUUUCAAAUUAAAAUUAAUAAUAAAAAUCUUUUAUUAUUGAAUACAUUUUAUGUAAGACUUUACCGAUCAUAAAAAAUAUUUACAAUCAAUGAUAUUCGGUAUACAUAUAGUGAAUUUUGGUUUCGGAUCUUAAGAAUGAAGACUUAUUUUCUGUUUUGGCUUUAUACUUAUGUAAGAAAAAUUUGAAAUCAGGAAACUGAUUUUGGAUGGUCUGCUAUGCAUUCUCUCGCCGAAAAAAGUACAGUUAGCAUUACAAAAUUAAAUUUGAAAAAAAAGUUCUAGCUACCCUAAAACAAUAAUUAUGUUAAAAUUUUUAAACCUAUUGUUAUUCAGUCACUAUAGUUGUGAGAAUGUAGAUGUUAAUCAUUUAACCUUGAAAUGGUACCAUAUAAAAUUAAUUUGCUUACAUUACAACUAACUUCUAAAGAUCUGUUAGCAUAUUGUAAAGUAUUAUUAAGGUUAUGGAAAUCUAAAGGCAGACAUUCUGAACAUUGAAACACCUAAAUGAUAAUUUGACAAUAAUUAAUUCAUAUUACAAAACUAUUUGACAAAUAAUAUACUAUUUAUUUUUAUAUUAUUUGUGUCUAUAAGUUUUAUAUUAUGUUUAAAAUUUUAAAUGUUAGCAUGAAAAAAGUUUUAAAUGUCAAUAAAUGAAAUUUAUUUGGCCAUUCAAAACAUUCUGCUCAAAUAAUUUUAUUGUUGAAUAUAAAUAUUCAUUGAAAGUUUAGUCUUUAGUAGUGAAGUGUUCAUAGCCCACUGAUCCGCUAACUACAAAGAAUAAUCCAAAAAUAAACUAUUCAAAAUUUUGUAUUUUGUUCAUUAUUUAAUUUUUAUUUAUUGAGAUUUCUUUUAAAGUACAAUUUACAUAAUAUUAUAUUUCUACAUUCAGUAUUAAAAAUAACUACCUACAAUGCAUUUUUUUAAGUAUGGGAAAAAUAUAGUACACUCAAUUUAAACAUCUAUUUGUACUUUUUAUUCAACAGCAUACCGUUACAAUCAUUUAAAAUUUUACUUAUUUACUAACAUCUUAAUUGCAUUUUUUGAA